UCUUAUAAUAAAGAUGUUCAUACUAACAAAGUUAAUUGGAAGGUAUGAUUACAAACUCUAUGCAUUUAUUGUAAUCAUGACCUUCUAUCAACAAGUGACAUCACCCUUCAUCAAAUCAUGAUAUUAAACACACACUUGACAUGCAACGAACCGCACAAAAGCGUAGCAUUAUAAAUAGGUUUAUCAAAUGUAUCAUUUCCACGGACCCAGUCGUCACGAAACAAUGUCCACCACAAACCAUGGAUUCCUUAGCAAUCUCUGGACCGAGUAUUGCCAACGCUGUUCCAUCUAUGCAAUGCGGCAUCUGAUCACGAAAUUGCACAUCGGGGAACGCAUGUGGUGGUUUCUUUGGAUUGGACUCGCGAUUGUGGGGUGUUUCGUGUCUAUGGUGGAUUUGUACGAUAAGUGGAACGAAAGUCCUGUGCUCAUCAGCUACGAUCGAAGGUUACUACCGGUCUGGGCUGUGCCGUUCCCGGCUGUAACUGUUUGCCCGAUGGCUCGAGCUCAGGUGCAGCUGUUCAAUUCUUCGGAUGUGUUUUUCCGGGUUGACGAGGAAGGUAUCAGCAACUUGGAAUAAGGAUUGUAUUUAAGAUUGCGGGCGUUGCUUCAUGUCUGUCCUUACAAGUCGGAUUACUACGAGUAUAACGAUUCAUUACCAGUGAACUUCGUCAGCAUUUUACAGAACAUCGCCAUACCGUUCGAAGAUAUGUUUGUCUCUUGUCAAUUCCGAAACUAUUUGGUGGAUUGUGACACGUAUUUGUCUCAGUCGAUCACUGAUAGUGGAGUUUGCUACACUUUCAACGCCAUCGACUCAGAAGAGCUGCUGAGAACUGAGAAUCUUCAAAGCGAAUAUUUGUAUUCAAAUGCGUACAUGGACUCCAGUAACUGGACGCUAGAAGAUGGAUACUUGGACCCAUUUGAGUUGGAUACGUACCCCCUGCGGCCUGUUGGUGGAGGUUUGGUCACAGGGCUGGUGCUUAUAAUGAAAACCAAAAAGCAAGACAAGGAUUAUUUUUGCGAAGGCCCUGUUAUUGGAUAUAAAAUUAGCAUUCAUUCACCGGACGAAAAGCCAUCGGUACAAAACAGAUUCUACCGGCUAUCACAUUCAAGUAUUUUGACGUUAAGUGUUUAUCCGGAACUGACUUAUAUUUCCCACAGACUGAAGCGGCAUUCUUACACUAGACGACAGUGUUAUUUUAGCGAUGAACGAUAUCUCCGCUAUUUCAAACUUUACAACAGGAAAAAUUGUCUGGAAGAAUGCAUUUCGAAUGUAACUGCCCAUGAGUGUGGCUGCGUUGGAUUCGCUUCACCCCGGAGUCCUAAUAUACCGGUCUGCGACGGCAAAGACCUAUCCUGUCCGUCCAUAUCAUUCUACAGGCUUCUCAAACGAAUGAACCUCUCCGACCGCGACAACACACUCGAGGAACCAUGUGGUUGCCUCCCGGCAUGCACAACGUUGCGAUUCAACGCGGAACUUUCCGACCUACCGUGGAACUUUGAGGCGUAUGCAAGGGCUGCUGGAUUGUCGACUGAACAGUAUGACUACAUUGAUCCUGCAGUAUUGGUGGUAUCACUCAAGACUAAAUGGCUACUGCCACUGAAGCGCCGUGAAAUGUUCGGUAUGGUGGAUUUGUUGGCCAAGUUCGGUGGGCUGUUUGGACUCGUGAUGGGUGCCAGCGUGAUCAGUAUGCUCGAAGUUGUGUAUUAUUGUAUCAUCCGGCCGUGGCGGAAUGACUAUCCUGAGUCCACUGUUCAGCAGGUGUUGCCCUGGGUAGAAUAA